CCACAGCAACUCCAACAACGGCCACAGAAGCACCAACAACAACAUCAGCAGCAACAACCACAGUGUCUCCAACUACAACCACAGCAGCUCCAACAACCACAGUGUCUACAA